UUAUUAAAGGUCGGCUGUUUGGGUCCUUAACCGCAGAGCAUUGUGGGAGUUGUUCCUCUGCAGCAAUGGCUUGGCUUGUAGUCAGAUUAGCAAUAUCUGUGUCUUUAUUAUAUACUGCAUCGGCGGUAUUUGAAGACCAAGUUGGAAAGUUUGACUGGAGGCAACAGUUCAUCGGCAAGGUGCGUUUUGCCUUGUUUGACACUCAUUCUCAAGCGUCUAAAAAGCUCCUGGUGGCAACUGACAAGAACGUGUUUGCUUCACUCAAUUCAAGGACUGGAGACCUGUUCUGGCGUCAUGUGGAUAAAACUGGACCAGAGGGGCAUAUUGAUGCGCUGCUUAUGUAUGGACAGGACGCUGUUGUUGUUGUCGGGAAUGGCCGUCUGCUUCGCUCCUGGGAGACCACAGUCGGUGGCUUGAAGUGGGAGGCAGUGCUUGAUACUGGAAGCUUUCAGGCCGCUGCCUUAGUUGGAGUUCAAGACUUUGUGAAGUAUGUUGCUGUGCUGAAAAAAUCCGCAAUCUCUCUCCAUGACCUUUCAAGUGGCAGUCAGAUAUGGGUGGAAAACCUACCUGACAGUGACACUGUUCAGUAUCAAACUAUUUAUUCUGGUGGGAACGGACUGGUGUUUGUUUUGGGAUUUGUGCCGAACUCCCAUAUUGUUAUUGUUGAAUACAAAAUUGAAGAUGGAGAAAUCAUGAAGAAGAAAUCAGUUGAAGCUGCAUGGAUGUCAAGCCUGGAGAACAGCUGUGCAGUCAUCAGCUCAGGGAUCCUACUGUGUGUGGAUCAGAUCACACAGUCCCUGUAUACUCUACCACUGCAGUCUGCAGAACAGACAGAAAUGAGACAGAUCCACCUACAGACGCUAGACUUGGAGGUGGCGUCUGGAUUCCAGCCUGUUCUGACGUCCACUCAGCCCAAUCCGGCACAACCUCCUCUCGCUGAGUUCUUCCUGCAGCUCAGUCCAGAUCAUCACAUCCUACUGCAGCUCAAAGAUGGCCUCAUCGCUCCGCUCCGGGACUUUAAUCCAUCAUAUUUGGCUGCUUUUGCUACAUCUGGAGAGAAGACAGUUGCUGCUGUGAUGUCCCCAAAGAAUGAUACUGCUUGCAGCAUCAACCUAUUCAGUGCUGACACAGGGCGGAGGCACCUUGACACCACCAUUAUCUACCACAUGGACCCUAAUGGAGGAAAGCCAAACAGAUUAUAUGUCCACGCCUUUCUGAAGAAAGAUGACUCUGUGGGCUACAGAGUCAUGGUGCAGACGGAAGACCUUACACUCACAUUUCUACAGCAACCUGGCAGGGUAGUCUGGAUGAGGGAGGAGGCCCUGGCUGAUGUGGUCACCAUGGAGAUGGUUGAUCUGCCUCUGACUGGAACACAGGCAGAGCUGGAGGGAGAGUUUGGAAAGAAAGCUGCCAUUCAAGAUGGGCUGUUACCCAUGGUUCUCAAGCGCCUCUCUUCCCAGUUUAUCCUGCUGCAGGCCUGGAUGGCCCACCUCUGGAAACUCUUCUAUGAUGCCCGGAAGCCUCGCAGCAGUGUGAAGAAUGAGGUCACCAUAGACACACUUUCUCGGGAUGAGUUUAACCUGCAGAAGAUGAUGGUGAUGGUGACCGCCUCUGGAAAGCUCUUUGGCAUCGACAGUAAAUCAGGAACCAUUUUGUGGAAACAGUAUUUAGAAGACAUCCAGCCCAACUCCAUUUUCAAGCUCAUAGUGCAAAGGACCACUGCCCAUUUUCCACAUCCUCCACAGUGCACACUUCUUAUUAAAGACAAGGACACAGGUCUUGGAAGCCUAUAUGUCUUCAAUCCUAUCUUCGGCAAGAAGAGUCAUAUUAGUGUCCCUGCUUUACCCCGACCUGUGCUUCAAACCCUGCUACUUCCUGUCAUCGACCAGGACUACGCUAAAGUCCUUCUACUUAUUGACGAUCAGUACAAGGUCACAGCAUUCCCAUCUACUAAGAAUGUUCUACAGCAACUUCAAGACACAGCAUCCUCUAUAUUCUUCUACCUAGUGGACACCAGUCAGGGAAAGCUGUCGGGUUUUCGUCUGCGCAUGGAUUUGUCUACAGAGCUGAUCUGGGAGGUGGUCAUCCCUACUGAGGUGCAGAAGAUAGUGGCUGUCAAAGGAAAGCGUGCAAAUGAACAUGUGCAUUCCCAGGGCAGAGUGAUGGGGGAUCGUAGCGUGCUCUACAAGUAUCUGAACCCUAAUCUCUUGGCUGUGAUAACGGAAAGCACAGACACUCAUCAGGAGCGCAGCUUUGUUGGAAUCUUCCUGAUUGAUGGUGUGACUGGCCGUAUUGUUCAUGAGGCGGUGCAGCGGAAGGCCAGAGGACCUGUUCACUUUGUGCACUCUGAAAACUGGGUGGUGUAUGUCUAUUGGAACUCCAAAUUUCGUAGAAAUGAGUUUUCUGUGUUGGAGCUCUUUGAGGGAGCAGAGCUUUAUAACAGCACAGUGUUCAGCUCCCUGGACAGACCACAUCCACCUCAGGUGCUGCAGCAGUCGUACAUCUUUCCUGCUCCCAUAAGCACUUUGGAGGCCACACUUACAGAAAAAGGCAUCACCAGCCGACACCUUCUUGUGGGGCUGCCAUCAGGCAACAUUUUAUCCUUACCAAAAAUGUUUCUGGACCCGCGGAGACCAGAGGUGGUCUCGGAACAGAGUCGGGAGGAAAACCUUAUACCAUAUGCUCCAGAAAUGCCCAUUCGUACAGAGUGGUUUAUAAACUACAACCAAACUGUGUCAAGGGUAAGAGGCAUCUACACUGCCCCAUCUGGCCUGGAGUCUACCUGUUUGGUGGUUGCGUAUGGUCUUGACAUCUACCAAACCAGAGUGUUCCCCUCCAAGCAAUUUGAUGUCCUUAAGGAUGACUAUGACUAUGUAUUAAUCAGCAGUGUACUCUUUGGCCUUUUCUUUGCCACCAUGAUCAGCAAACGUCUAGCAGAAGUGAAACUGCUGAACAGGGCAUGGCGAUAAGACUCACCCUAAUGGCCAGUUGACUUCACUCUCGCCCUCAAUGCAAUGUGGUUGACACAUUGAUGUCAGGAGACUAGCUGGUGGUGACUGUGUCAAAACUGCAAGAUCAUUUGAUAAGUUUGGUGUAUUUUUGCAACCAGCUAUCUUGAGGAUCUUGUGGUGUCUUGAGUGUAAGUGCAUAGAUGGCCAUGAUAGUUUUUCCCUUUUCAGAGAGACAUAAAGAUGUAGGUCUUUUUUUUUUUUUUUUUUUUUUUUUCUUUUUUCCUCUCUCCAGCAUUGAACAAUUCACUGUCUAAUUUGUUAAUUUAUUGUGCCUUUCGGGGUAACAACUCAUGUGAUUUAAAGGUAGACUCUCCAGGUAUAACAAAAUAACUGUCUUGUUUAUUAUUUUUUUUCCAUUCUAGAAUUCAUUCAGUCUGAGUCUGCCUUUCUAAGAGGCUGAAGGAUGAGUUCAUGUAUUUUCAAAUUUAAUAUCGAGGAAGGAUUAUUGCAAAGGGACUGCCAUUUUAUUUAAAAUAAUGAAAAGGAUUGAAUAGUGUUAUUUGGUUUUAAACUAAUUAAAGCAGUAGUAAUAUGAUCUGAUGAGCUGUUAAAGAAUAUAUUGCCUCAUUUCAUGUACAGGAUUUGAAUGGACAAACACUAGUGCACAUGACAACUGUGAAAUUUCAAGAGUCAAGACAUUUGGAUCAUUUUCUCCUGUACAUUAAUGAUGGAAGGUUCUGCAUAGGGGGAGUUUGGAUAGUUUUUUGUAGUUAUUUUAUGGUAUGUCAAAUGCACUGGAUGGUUUGGAGCCAUGUUCUUACUUGAUAUAUUUAUGGGCAAGAUCCUAUUAUGCCAUAUCAUAUUUUGAUUUUGACUCAUACACAUGCAAAUCCUUGUGGUUUUACUAUUGUGCAGAAUGUUUCUACUCUUUUGAUUUUCAUAAAUAGGCCUGUUUAUAUACAUAAUUUUGAAAGCAUCCCCUCUGCUGCAAAUUAAUGAUGUCAGAAAAAAAUGAGUUUAAUAAUAUUUAUAACAAAAGGAUAGAUAUUCAGUUAAGUUGGUAACAAGCCUAAUGCUUUUUUAAACAUGCAUAAAUUAUUUGUUCUUUUCCCCAAUCAGUAAUAAAAGAUUUACCCUUCCUAA